AUGAAUGCUUCGAGUCUGAUUGGACGUAUCGGACCAAAUUGGCUUGCAGACCACCCUCCUAUACGGCCUAAUCUCUGGAGGCAUGGUGUCUCUUCCCCCGCCAUCAUCGCGAACCUCACUAGCAAACCUUCGGAACUCGGCGCCCGCAUGGGCAUGGCAUAUACAAUAGCUGCGUUUGGUGCAUUGAUUGGAAAUCCCAUAGCUGGUGCUUGUCUACGAACGUCUGGCACAUCCACCUCCGACGUGCAGCAAGAGUUUCAAGGAGCCUGGAUUUUUGCGGGGGCUUUCAUGUUACUCUCAACUAGCUGUGUGGGUUUGACUCAAUAUCUUAGAUAUCGAGCCAAAGGUUCACACAACUCGGAGUGA